CGGGCGCCGCACGAAGGGGACGGCGGGCCCCCUGCUUGCCCGCUCUCGGACAUCGGCGGUUGCCGGCGCGGCUGAGACUCCGCGCGGGCCGGCUGCGCCUGGGGUCCCUAAAUUUAGGCGUGCCGGGCCAUGCUCUCGGCGCGAGUCGUCGCGUCUGCCUGCUCACCGCUUCGGCACAGAGUACAUGCGUCCACGUGAAGUUGCGCCUAGCGACAACGGCGCCUGGCAAGCCCCUCCCGACAUUGUCGCCGUCCAGUCAACGGGGACUUCCGAUCUCGCCGCAGACAGCGUCCAGUACGAGUGACCGCAGCAGGCAAGCAAACUGCGGCUGCAUCGCAGCAACUGGGCGACCUUGAUACCUUUAGCGGCAGCGACGCGGAUGGACUAGACCGAAAAGACGAGUGCCCUGGGGGUAUCUUUGUCAAGCCAGAGUGGCUGUGGAAGUUUGUCGCGUUAGCCCCAGCGCAGAGUCGUACACGGCUGUUGCACAUAGCAUUACGUAGGUGACUGCAUGCCCGGGACCUUUUAAGAGACCAUCGUCAGCGCACUCCGUACGUGAUAUUGGUGUGCGGUGUACAGCUUGCUUUACAAUUGCACUCGGUGCGUGAGCUGGGGAACGGGCGCUGCCACAGGUCGACGCCAUGCUGGACAUCAUCCGCAGCCUCAAAUCGCUCCUCAAGACCAGUCGCGUGCACAUUGACAACGAGGUGUUUCGCCUGCACUACACGGCCACAGUGAUAAUACUGCUGGCCUUCUGCAUCGUCGUUACCACCAAACAGUUCGUCGGUGACCCGAUUGACUGCUCCAAGUCGACGGACGUACCUCAGAGCGUUAUCAACACCUACUGCUGGAUUCACGCUACUUACAGCGUUACGAGCCUCAUGCGCCGGGACUUGGACACCAUCGUGUACCCCGGCGUGGGACCAGGCAGCUCUAGUAGCGUGCUCAGCGGAACCAAAGAUCACAAGUAUCACAGGUACUAUCAGUGGGUCUGCUUCAUGCUGUUUUUUCAGGCCACAAUGUUCUACCUUCCGCGAUGGCUGUGGAAGUUCUGGGAGGGUGGCAAAAUCCAAGCCCUCAUGAUGGACCUGGACGUGGGAAUGUGUGGUGAAGCGGAAAAGAAACAGAAAAAGAAACUUUUGGUCGACUACCUGGUCUCCAGCCUGAAGCAGCACGACUGGUACGUGGCGCGGUACUUCUUCUGCGAGCUGCUCGCGCUCGUCAACGUGGUGGGCCAGAUGUUCCUCAUGGACCGCUUCUUUGACGGCGAGUUCCUCACCUACGGGCUUGACGUGAUCCGCUUCCUGGACCAGGACGACGAGGAACGCGUAGACCCCAUGGUUCGAGUGUUCCCGAGAGUCACCAAGUGCCAGUUCUUCAAGUUUGGACAGUCAGGGAACCGGGAGACGCACGACGCGAUUUGCAUUCUACCGCUCAACAUAGUGAACGAGAAGAUCUACAUAUUUCUCUGGUUCUGGUUCAUACUGCUCGCGGCUGUCACGGCCAUGGUGGUGCUGUUUCGCGUUAUCAUUACUGCCUGCCCGCCGGUGCGCGUGUACCUGCUGAACCUGCGUUUCCGCAUCGUGCACCUGGACCACCUGCACACCGUGGUGCGGCGGGGCUCCCUCGGGGACUGGUUCCUCAUCUACAUGCUCGGUCAGAACGUUGACUCCAUCAUCUUCAAGGAGGUGAUCGCCGAGAUGGCCAAGCGAAUGACCACCGAGCCCAAGGAGUCGUCCGCAUGACGACGCGAGUCCCGGCCGCUUGGCCGACCCCCCUUCCAUGCAGUGCCUCCGCACCAAGACGUCUGACGCUGCCACGCGGAUUACCACGCGUCACCUUAGGCGGGGGUCUUCCGUUAGCCCAGAAGAGCAGCGUGUGCUGCGUUUGUUCACUACAUGCUCUUAUCUCUUUUAGUCCUCCGCCAGAAAUGGGAGCCUUUUGUGGUGUAGACAAGACAUAUCCAGCCCUGCGGCUCGGUGCACCUACAGUAGACAAGAGGUGAAGCAGCCAAAGGUAUAGUCUUGCGCACUAAGGGUGACUGAAACAGCUGGUACAACUCGAGGCUCCUUGCCUUAAAUACUGCUAAAGUCUCAUACAUUGUUACUUGUUUGUCAUGCAACUUGAGUCAUAUUCUUCUCAUUCUUACGUAAUGUUGGGCGUUCGGUGAGAUUUAGGCGAAAUGCGUUUUUUUUCUGAGGACUGGUUGCACCAGCAUUGCGUGUCCUUCCUACGGCGUACAGAAAAUGGUAGAAAUUAUUGCAGCAGUAAGAGUUGUAAAUUAUUGCGUGGCAAAGUUUUCAAGCCUUGUGCUUGAUCUGCCAUAUGGUAAACGUUGCCCGUCAAGUUCAUCAUGCUUGCUUGUUGCACUGUAGAGCUGGUGCAGCUAGUUCUGUUUUGUGUAUUUGUGGAUGUUCUCUUGAAACGUAACCACAGGAGCAGAAACAUCCUUCUGUGGUUAGGGAUCAAGAGCAAAAGCUAACAAUUUCAAUUUGUGCCUGCCAUGAAAUCGUUCUCGGUUUGCAGGCAAAACCGAAAGCGAGAAAAGUCCGACACAUAUCUUCUUACCACUGAAUCCUUCAGAGAUCUCGAAGACUACAAAUAUUCACUAUUGCCCACUUCGCUGAAAGAAAUUUUGCAUGUUCAGCGCUCAAUAAUAGAACUCAAUGCAACGAUUCCUAAACGCAAAUCCAGCAGUCGUAUGCUUUCUUGUCCUAUCUUACGGUGCUGGAGAAGUUGAGUGUUGAAAAGCACCUGAUGACGCACGCUCGGCGCUAUGGAAACUUGUCUUCCUGGGAAUUCACAUUAUGCAAGUGAUAGGCAUUCUUUGAAUCACAAGAAUAGCUUUCUCCCUAUUUUGAUUUUUAGAUUGAAAUACAGCUUCGUGACAUCCUUCUUUUGAUUGCUUUAAAACUCCCAGUGUGGCACCAUUAUUAUGCCUACGUCCGCUAUCAAGAAAGGUGUAAACAGCCAAACAGAUGCUAACAGAACUUUCAUUCAUGAGUUUUGCGUUAAUCUCUCGCUUUUGGGCUCGCGUUUUUUUUCUUUAUUGUUCUGUUUUUAUUUUUGAAGAUUUGCAGAGAAAAAAAAAACGUCACAGUUGAGCUUUACUCACAUUAUCACGCAAUCAUGGAAACAUGGCAACAGUGAAUUGUACUGCGCUAUAGGAGAACCAUCGAAAUCUGCUUCCAAAGGCACUUUCUGACCUGCGGUAUGUCCGAGGUUCUCGCACUGCGCCUAAAUUUUGUCCUUGUCCAGCGAAAUUGGCCAUAUAUAUGUAGCCACAUGUAGCCCAAAGCAGUCGUUACACGAUAAAUUCUCGGCACAUGGUACUCCACGUAAUGCAGUAUGGCUGGUUGCAAUUGCCUGCGAGUUGAAGAUCUUAUUUCAAGGGGAACGCGGGGAUGAAAAAAAAGUUGUCAUUCCUCUGGCUUCAUAAAAGUAGGUUUCUUGAAAGAAAGUAAAAGUGGAUCCUUAGUGGUUUCCUGAAAUGUUCUGUCUUCAAUGUGAAUGCAGCAGAAAAACAAGAAAACUAAGCAACUAAAACCACCUUCUUACAUUGUACUAACGAUAUCUGAGUCCAUCAUGGUUGAUUAUAUUCUUCGUUUUGACGUCUUCUCCUCUAGAGUAGUCACACCACAAAAAUACAAAUUCAAAGUGAUAAAGUGAACGAGAACCUCAACCUCUGAUUCGUCAGUCCCACCGCGUAGUAUACGGCCAGCUUUUUGAUUGCGUCAUUCUGCCUGUCAGAGGUAUCCUCUGCUUUUGUAACAAAGAAAUAGAACAGGUGUGUUAUAUGAAUUUCCAGCGAAAAAAAAGGAAAUACCUAGGAACGGAAACAAGUGGACGCAAAGACGCUAUACUAACAACUGACGGUUUGAGGAGAGUACAAAGAGCAGAAAUAUUAAAAAAAUAUAUUUGGACAAGCACGACCACACUGCUGCGCAAACCAUGACAUAGGUUCCUCCUCUGUCAUGCCGACUAAGGACAUGCUCUUAGGGGGGUGGGCAGCGCUACCCGGACGAACGACAGAGGUAGAGACGAUACGAGC